AUGGUAUCAUUCCUCUCGUGGCUCUUCAGUGGCAAGCGGCAGCAAUGCCGGCAGCCGGGGAGGGUAGUCACCGACACAGUGGUUAAGUUAGCGACCCUUGAGAACUCGCUGAUGAUGCGAAGUAUGUGUAUGAACUGGACGUUUCGCUUUGAACAUGCUUUGGACGUGGCCAUGCUACAGAAAUCUCUUGAAGAUCUGAUCAGCAAGGGCCACAACUGGAGAAAACUCGGCGGGCGUUUUCGUGUCAAUACCGAGGGGCAACUUGAGCUUCACAUCCCCGAGGAAUUCUGUCUGAAGCGGCCAGCAGUCCAAUUCACUGACGAGGUUCAUGCGACGAGUGUUCACGAGCAUGUGCUAGAUGGAACUCUCCCCGGUACUGAGGACAGGCCUUGCGUGCUAGACACGCCCGAAGCACUUGACGUCUUGCUUGCGGGUCCCGACGCCCCAAAAUCUCUGGACGACUGGCUAUAUUCAGACAGGCCCGCGCUGGCUGUGCAUGUUAUCACCUUCACUGACGCCACCUUCGUCACGCUCAGUUACUCUCACUGUCUGGUAGAUGGUGUGGGAAAACGUGAGAUAAUGACCAAUUGGUGCAAGGUGCUCGCUGGCCGGACAGACGAUGUGACUCCCUUGGCAGACUGGGACGAGGACCCAUUGAGUAUAAUGUGCCGCUCUCCGUCAGAACACGAAGAGCGCUACGUUCACGCGGAGGAUCGGCUCACUGGCUGGCACAAAUGGUAUUGGGUUUUGCGAUUCAUCGCAGACCGUUUCAGCAAUCGGAAUCAUUAUAGGCAGCGCAACGUGUUCAUCCCGGCCUCGACAAUGAAGCGGCUGCGACAAGAAGCUGCUGACCACCCUGUCACGAACAAGGCACGCCUGAGCGAUAAUCAGCUUCUGACAGCCUGGUUAACCAGACUGGCCUGCUCACCUCUGAAAGGCUCAAAUCGUCCCAUCGGUAUCACAUCGGCCGUAGACCUUCGCGGCUUCCCUCUCCCCGGUCUCCGUCCUGGCACUGUCUACCUGCAGAACCUACUCGCAUAUACCUGGAUCAACACAACGGAAGAAUCGCUGUUACGCUCGCCAUUGGGCACAGCAGUCAACCUCAUGAGGACAAGUCUGAAGCGGCAGCUCACAUUACCUCAGGUACAAAUCGCGGCAUAUCUAACCCAUGAUGCCGUGGGGAGGACGGGGACGCCAGACUUCUUCACCGGCAAGGAUAGCUUCAUGGUUUCGGUCAGCAGCUUAGCCAAGGCAAAAUACUGGGAGGCCGUGGACUUUUCCCCGGCGAUCCUGAAGAGUGGAAACCGAGACGAAAACGCGGGCAGGCCGACCUGGCAGAGCAGCACUCCGCGGUCGGGUAUGAAGCCAAGUUGUUUGGUUGUGGUCCAAGGGUCUGAUUUGAAGGGCAAUUGGUUCGCACAGAUGGUGCUCUCACAGCGCGCUUGGAUGAUCGUCGAGCACGAGUUGUCCAAAUGGUGA